GAUAGCCCCAGUAAUAACACCCGCUUGCUCUCUUGUGGAGCCGGGGAGUCGUUAAUGGCACAGGCUGCCCGCGUGCGGAGAGCAAAGAGCCGAGAUAGCUACCCCCCGGUGGAAAUGGUCCUCCUCGAGUAUGCAGGGCGGAAGAUUUCCCUUGGUAGCAGUUAAUUUGAUCACCUUUUCGAAAAGAUGGUUCUUCAUUUGAACUGCUUUUUUUGCUUCCCUGUCGUACUUCUAUACCAUUGGAUGGGGACAACUUUGCCUUUGAAUCUUGAGGAUCCAAAUGUGUGUAGCCACUGGGAAAGUUAUUCAGUUACAGUACAAGAGUCAUAUCCACAUCCUUUUGAUCAAAUCUACUACACCAGUUGUACUGACAUCCUAAACUGGUUUAAGUGCACACGACACAGAAUCAGUUACCGUACCGCCUACAGACAUGGUGAAAAAACAAUGUACAGACGUAAAUCCCAGUGCUGUCCUGGAUUUUAUGAAAGCAGGGAAAUGUGUGUCCCUCACUGUGCUGAUAAAUGUGUCCAUGGUCGGUGUAUUGCUCCAAACACCUGUCAGUGCGAGCCCGGCUGGGGAGGACCCAACUGCUCCAGUGCAUGUGACAGUGACCACUGGGGACCUCACUGCAGCAGCCGUUGCCAGUGCAAAAAUGGAGCCUUAUGCAACCCCAUCACUGGAGCCUGCCACUGUGCAUCGGGUUUCAAAGGCUGGCGCUGCGAGGAACGCUGUGACCAGGGGACAUAUGGAAACGAUUGCCAUCAAAAAUGUCAGUGUCAAAAUGGAGCCACCUGCGACCAUGUGACUGGAGAGUGCAGAUGUCCUCCUGGAUACACUGGUGCCUUCUGUGAGGACCUCUGCCCGCCGGGGAAGCACGGACGGCAGUGCGAGGAGAGGUGCCCCUGCCAGAACGGAGGAGUGUGCCACCACGUCACCGGCGAGUGUGCCUGCCCACCCGGAUGGAUGGGCACGGUCUGUGGUCAGCCUUGUCCUGAGGGUCGUUAUGGGAAAAACUGUUCCCAGGAGUGUCAGUGCCACAACGGAGGGACCUGUGACUCGGCGACAGGUCAAUGCCAUUGCAGCCCAGGUUACACGGGCGAACGAUGCCAAGACGAGUGUCCAGUGGGGACGUUUGGAGUACGAUGUGCCGAGACCUGCCAGUGUAUGAAUGGUGGGAAAUGCUACCAUAUUAGUGGUGCAUGUCUCUGUGAACCAGGAUACACGGGAGAGCACUGUGAAACGAGGCUUUGCCCUGAGGGAGUUUAUGGUCUCAAGUGUGACAAAAAGUGUCCCUGUCACUUGCUGAAUACCUGGAGCUGUCACCCUAUGUCUGGGGAAUGCUCCUGCAAGCCAGGCUGGUCUGGACUCUACUGCAACGAGACAUGUUCGCCAGGAUUUUAUGGCGAGUCUUGUCAGCAGAUUUGCAGCUGCCAAAACGGUGCUGACUGCGACAGUGUGACUGGAAAAUGCAUCUGUGCCCCUGGAUUUAAGGGUGCUGAUUGUGGUACUCCUUGUCUUCUGGGAACAUAUGGAGUAAACUGUUCUUCUGUGUGCAACUGCAAAAAUGAAGCCAUCUGUUCACCAGUGGAUGGUUCUUGUACCUGCAAAGCAGGUUGGCACGGUGUAGAUUGUUCAAUAAAUUGCCCCAGCGGUACCUGGGGACUUGGCUGUAACUUGACUUGCCAGUGCCUCAACGGAGGGGCUUGCAACGCUCUGGAUGGAACCUGUACCUGUGCCCCCGGCUGGAGAGGAGAAAAAUGUGAACUCCCUUGCCAGGACGGCACGUAUGGCAUGGAUUGUGCCGAGCGCUGUGACUGCAGCCACGCAGAUGGGUGUCAUCCUACCACGGGUUACUGCCGCUGCCUGCCAGGAUGGUCAGGCAUACACUGUGACAGUGUGUGUGCGGAGGGACAGUGGGGCCCAAACUGCUCCUUGUCUUGCUACUGCAAAAACGGAGCCUCGUGCUCUCCCGAUGACGGCAUCUGCGAGUGCGCGCCGGGGUACAGAGGCACCACUUGUCAGAGGAUUUGUUCCCCUGGGUUUUAUGGGCACCGUUGCAGCCAAACAUGCCCCCAGUGCGUACACAGCAGUGGUCCCUGCCACCACAUUACUGGAUUAUGUGACUGCUUACCUGGAUUUACAGGAGCCCUUUGUAAUGAAGUGUGUCCCAGUGGCAGAUUUGGCAAGAACUGCAUUGGAAUCUGCACCUGCACCAAUAAUGGCACGUGUAAUCCUAUUGACAGGUCUUGUCAGUGCUACCCUGGCUGGAUUGGUAGUGACUGCUCUCAGCCUUGCCCACCUUCUCACUGGGGUCCCAACUGCAUCCACACGUGCAACUGCCACAACGGAGCUUACUGCAGUGCCUACGACGGGGAGUGCAAAUGUACCCCGGGAUGGACUGGCCUUUACUGUACCCAGAGAUGUCCCCUCGGGUUUUAUGGGAAGGAUUGUGCCUUGAUUUGCCAAUGUCAGAAUGGGGCUGACUGCGACCACAUAACGGGGCAGUGUACCUGCCGCACGGGAUUCAUGGGGAAACACUGUGAGCAGAAAUGCCCUCAAGGUACCUAUGGGUAUGGAUGCCGGCAGCUAUGCGACUGUCUGAACAACUCAACGUGUGACCACAUCACAGGAACGUGUUACUGCAGCCCAGGCUGGAAGGGGGCCAGGUGUGAUCAAGCUGGUGUAAUUAUAGUGGGAAACUUGAACAGUUUAAGCCGUACCAGCACUGCGAUCCCUGCUGAUUCUUACCAGAUAGGGGCUAUAGCAGGCAUCAUCAUUCUUGUCCUGGUUGUGCUUUUCCUGCUAGUGCUGUUCAUCAUCUACAGACACAAGCAGAAAGGGAAAGAAACACAUAUGCCCGCAGUGACCUAUACCCCUGCUAUGAGGGUCAUCAAUGCAGAUUACUCCAUUGCAGAAACCAUCCCUCAUGGUAAUGGUGGAAAUGCUAACAGUCACUACUUCUCCAACCCUAGUUAUCAUACUCUAACACAGUGCACCACCCCACCUCAUGUCAACAACAUGAACAGACUGACCCUGGCAAAGUCAAAACCCAACCAGCUGUUUGUGAAUCUCAAAAAUGUGGAACCUGGAAAGCGAGGCACUGUCAUGGACUACACGGGAACGUUGCCUGCAGACUGGAAACACGGUGGUUACCUCAAUGAGCUUGGUGCUUUUGGACUUGAUAGGGGAUAUUUGGGAAAAUCCCUGAAAGAUCUAGUGAAGAACUCGGAGUACAAUUUAAGUAAUUGCUCAUUAAGUAGUUCUGAAAACCCAUAUGCUACUAUAAAAGACCCACCAGCUCUUGUGCCAAAAAAUUCAGAAUGUGGAUAUGUUGAAAUGAAGUCACCAGCACGCAGGGAUUCCCCAUACGCUGAAAUUGCCAACUCUGCUUCAGCCAAUAAGAAUGUUUAUGAAGUUGAACCUACGGUGAGCGUUGUCCAGGAAGCGUUCAGUAACAGUGGACAUUUCAGCCAGGAUCCUUAUGAUCUUCCAAAAAACAGCCACAUUCCAUGUCACUAUGACUUGCUACCGGUUCGAGAUAGCCCCACGUCCUCUACGAAGGAGGUCGGCAGUGAAUGACCCCAAAAGCUAAUGUGUAGCCCAGUGGGACUCUCAAGGAGAACAGUGGCGUGGUUUAUGCCCCUUCCUCUAAUUUACCAUCAUAUUUGGCUCCUAAUCUGUCCAGUAGACAAUUGCUAUACAUUAACCGGAAAUCUCAAGAUGAGGUUUGCAUUGUAUAUACAAGUGACAGAUGGACAGAUGCCACAUUGGGGAGAUCCUGAUCAGUUUCUUUUUCAUGGCAGUUAAUUUUAGAGAGACAGGUAUGCAACACAUUUAAACUGUAAUAUGUUGGCUUAAAAAUAUUAGUUUGCAGAUCAAUUCUGGUAACAGCUCCCAUUUCAGCUACUUUAAAUACGGACUUCAUGCUUAUAAUUUACUUUGUCAUGUUUUCAGAGUAGAACUCGCAGGACAGUGCAGUUUACCAAAUGCCACUUCAUACAGGUGAUCUGAUUCACAGUUAUGUAGAAGAAAAACUGUGUUGCCAAACUUUGCCUUCCAUUCUGAUCUUUAGUCAAGACAUUAAGCAACAAGAUCGGAUGCAGUACAGCAAAGCCCAAUACUGCAGUUGUUUGGGAAAUCCAUCAUCAGAUUUUUGUCUGUUACUGGUUGUGGGAAUACCUUGCUUGAAUAGGUUUGAAGAUGAUAAAAGCAUUACAUACAUCAAUAUUAUAUGAUGCCUCAAGAUCACUGGGUACUCCAGGCCCAGCACCAGUCCUCAGCAAAUCAUUUGCUACAUUUCAGCUCCAUAUGUUGCAGUUCUGACCGCUACUUCUGCCAUACACACCUAAUAAUCCAUAUCAUAUCAGUAACUACUUCAUAAAAUAUGUAAAAUAAAUCAGUUUAUUUUUGUCAGCAUGGACUGAGUGUGAAAGGGCAAAGAUGAUGAAUGCUGUAAAUCUGAAGUGCAAGGAACGGUUUAAAUUUUAUAAACAGGUAGUAAUAUGGACUGUAACAUAGAUAAAAAUAGUAAAAUGUUCUGGUUUUUUUUCUUAGAAACAACUAAGCAAUCUCUGUGCAUAUUUGCUAAAAAGGCACCUUUUUUAUAGUUGAUGUAGGGAAAAAUAUGCUUAAGCUGGUCUUUUGCAUUGCUAAUAAUGUGACACAUGUACCCCAUUCUUCAUUAACUUGUAUCUCCCUUUUUAAACUGUGCAUCUAUGUUUCGAGUGACCUAGCUUAUAAUUGCAAAAAUAUUUUACUGUGUGUCCUGUUUUUUUCUUUUUUCUUUUUUUUUUCCCCUCAUUUUGGCCAACUGGCCUUUAUUUUGUCUGGUUAAGGAGCCCUCUGAGCGGGGAGGGAGAGGAUUAAAGUAAGGACUAAUGUAAUACUAAUAUCUGUCAGGUGGUUAGCAAAUACAUAAUAGCUUAAAUUAAUGAAUUAAUUGGAAUAAAAAUAAAACUGCAAGAUGUUUUUGUUAAGGAUAAUAACAAGAAAGCAAAAGAAAAGGAAAGAGCAGACUCUGUCUUUAAAGUUUAGCUCAUUCUGUGGACUACGUGGAUGGAGCCCAUCCUUCCAAGAGGCUCCUUUCUCUGUCUCCUCUCUCCAGUUGUGAUCUGUGCAAUUCAGUGGAAAUGUAAUUUGCCAAGGAAUUCACCCUUAACGCAAAAUUUUGCAUCAAAAAUAGCAGCCCCAAAAUAUAAUGGUUUUUUUUUUGAACCGGCCAUUCUCUUUCAGUGGGAAGUUACCUUUAGAAACCUAAAAAUAAGUCUAAGCUGUGGCAGUACUGGUUCCAACUGCUGAUAAUGUCAGUGAGGCUAUCUGCUAGCGUGCUUGCAGCACAGCCCCAGCAGCCUUUUCCACCUUGCCCAGGUGGUAACUCUGUCACUUGUCAUCAGUAGGUUCUCCCAAGGCUUGGUGCAUCCCUGACUGAUUGGGAUAGGAUAUGGGAGAUUGCAUAUAAUGGGAAGCAUAAAGUCCUAUUAGUCCUCCCUCCUUUCUGCACUGGGGUUGCGUUCUGGCACAUCAGAACUCUGAUAUAUAUGAUGUAAAGGGCAGAUGAUACGUCAACGUUUUGGUGUAUGUGCUCUCCAGCUCAGCACAAGGAGUGCCAGAACAGUUCUUUUAUCUGAAAGUCUGGAUUGCAAUACAGUCUGAGACAAAGAAUUAUCAUUAUUAUUGUGAUGGCGUUGACAUAUUCCUAGGAAAAUCAGAACCAGUUACUUUUGGAAUGGUAACUGCAUCACAGAGGAUUAACUGUAAGAAAAACUAAAAAAACCCUUCUUGUUUGAAAAAGAGUCACAGGGCUGAAAUGGAAAUACAAUGCAGUUUGCAUUUGUUUGUUAUCAUUAAAGUGGUGAGAAAUGAGAGUGCUGCAUCUGAAGACAUCACUGUGGGCGUGCUCAAGGCUGAGAACAUACGUGGCUAUAUGAAGCGCCCCUUGAUGUUCUUUGUUCCUGAUGGACAUAAGCAGUGGCUGCUUUGCAAUUCCCUAGGAAAUCCCUGCACAUCCUUGGACAGAUGUUUGAUGAGCUUUGGACUUUGCAAUUAUAGAAAUUACCUACAAGAUUUCAAAAGCCAACCACCAUUUAAUCCCUCCUUAAGACAAAGUAUUGACUGGGUUUGUGUGCACAUAGGUACAUGUAGUGCUACUGAUAUAUACAUGUGUUUGUACUGUGUGAGACGGACUUUAAAAUAAAACCUUUCUUCUCUGA